AAAGAGAAAAGGUGUCUGAAGAUCGAAACAUUCCCCAAAUUUGACACCACAGAAAAACCCUAACCCAAUUUCACUCUUCACCGAUUAAAUUCUCCUAUCAUUCCUUAAUUCCCUCACUUAAAAUCGCGAUUUUUCUUCGUGCAAUCUGUGCGAUCCCAAUAAUCACACACUCCCAUGGACGACAUGGAAGACGACGCAAGGUACCCCCCUAAGUCAUUCUCCCUCAACCGUCAGAAUCCCUCCCAUCGACAUAAACACCCCGCACGCGCCGCCCCUUACCACCGUCCAAUGCCCACGCGCUACGACCAGCCCAUGGUGGAAGACGACGAUGAAGAUGAUGAAAACGAACACGAAGAUUUCAACGACGACAACGACGAAGGCGAAAACGGAUACGAUGAAAACGAUAUCGUGGGGUAUCCCCGGAUCCCGAAGAAGCGCAAGGUGGUAGUCGCGCCAGGAUCCUACGAAUUCGCGCCACGUUUCAAAUUGUCGUACGGUUCGCGUGGUUCGGGUUCUUCUGGUGAAGAGUGGAGCGAACACGAGACUUUCGUGCUGUUGGAGGUGUGGGGGGACAAGUUCCUCCAGCUCGGGAGGAACAGUUUAAGGUCCGAGGAAUGGCACGAGGUUGCCGAAAAGGUUUCGGAGGAAUUGAAGGCAGAGAGAAGCGUGACGCAGUGUAGGAGCGUGCUGGACAAGCUGAAGAGAAAGUACAAGAAGGAGAAAACCAAAAUGGAUGAAAUGGGGAUGGGCUCUUGCAAAUGGCCCUACUUCAAGAAGAUGGACAUGUUGAUGGCAUCGUCGGCAAGGCAAGAGUAUGGCCUUGCAUGUGGGGUGGAUUCUGGGGAGUAUGUGUUUAUGAACACUAGGGUUUACUUGAACAGGUCCAAUGGAUUUGAUGAGAUGAGGGAUAGUCCAGGGGAGUCUGAGAGUGAUGAUGAUGAGGAAGAAGAGGAGUUUGGUGGUGGCGGUGCUGCUGAUGAGGAGGAUGAGACAUCGUUCCGUGUGUUGGCGGAUUCGAUUCAGAAGUUUGGGAAGAUUUAUGAGAAGAUUGAGAACAGCAAGAGGCAGCAGAUGAUGGAGUUGGAGAAGAUGAGGCUGGAUUUUAACAGGGAGUUGGAGCUGCAGAAGAAGCAGAUUCUCGAGAGGGCGCAGGCUGAGAUUGCCAAAAUUCAGGAAGGGGAUGAGGAGGAUACCGACACUUCCACGGAGAAUCUCAGUGAAUGAUGUAGGUUAUUUCACUAAGCUCUCGGGAUAGGCUACAGGUUAUAUGAAAAUAGUUUAACCUUGUUAAUACUUUAAUUAUAGAAACAACUAAUACAUAAACACUAGCAUGAUAAAUACAUAAUUAAGCUGCUUACCAGGAUGUGCCGGAUUAUAUUUUUCUUGAAUAGCUUAUUCUGUUAGUACACAAUAUUUACUUUUGUAAUGUGAUUGAUAUGUAUGUUUGGUUACA